GGUACUUUAUACUGAUCUAAGCUAACUCCCUGAAAGACCACUAGCAUGUUAACAUGGUCUCCAAGAAGCAACGACACCCCCGCUCCAACCUGGAGGAACAACAGCUCCGCAAGCUCAUGUACUCCGUCACCAACAACGACUUCAAACAGGUCAACAAGCUGGUCUCCCUGGGUAUCCCCAACCUGGUCAACAUGCUGGACCUCAUCACUAAAGAGACAGCUCUCCACGCUGCUGUUUGUAACGGACUCGAGGACAUGGUUAGCUCCCUCUUGGAGCAGGGCAGUAAUAUCAGUAAGAGAGAUAAACAGGGGAGAACACCUCUGAUAAGGGCUGUAGAUAAGGGGAAUCAGAAGAUACUGGAGCUGUUGAUUGAAGCUGGAGGUAACCCCAAUGAUCUAGAUGGGAGUAAGCAACACGUGUUGUUUCAUGGGCUGCAGCCGACUGCGCGGCAUUUAGCGUGUAUAGAGAUAUUACUGAGGGAAGGCGCUGAUAUUAAUACUAAAGAUCAGAACGGACAGACUAUGUUGAUACAGACUGUUAAGAAUGGGUACGUUGACAUAACAGAAACACUGAUACAGCUGGGGGCUGAUGUGAAGUUGAGGAACGACGAAGGAGAGAGUUUGAUAUUUACAGCAGCUAAACAGGGCCACAUGAAGUUGAUACCCAUUCUGGUUAGAGCGGGGGCUCCUAUAAAUGAGCCAGGUCCAGGAGGUAACAGUCCUAUACACAUCUGUUGUUCUGAGACUAAGAAGUUUGAGAUGUUGAAACUUCUUGCGGUCAAAGGUCUAGAUCUACACGGACAGAACGAGGAAGGCAACACUCCUCUACAUGUAGCAGUACAAGUAGGCAACCAGGAAGCCAUCAAGUUCCUGCUCGGUCGGGGCUGCCCUCUGGACAUCGUCAACACUGAGGGACUCAACAUCAGGAACUUUGCUGUUGCCAACAAAGACAACGCCACUAAAAAACUCCUCAAGAAACAAGAAACCAGGAUAAAAAAGGCAGUGACGGACGGGAAGAUCCUGAACGCGGGGGAGUUCUGGAAGAUGUGUUUAUACCUGUGGGCUAAAGAGCACAAGAAUAUUCUGAUAGACGAGUUCUUCGCAAAAGAUAUUAACCAGACUGGUGUGCUGGAACGGAAGAUGUUCUGUGAGGUGUGGGAUAAGUAUGAAGUGCCUCUAACUGUGGAGCAGAAGUCUGAGAUACUCACGCUACAUAAGGAGGAUAGGAAUGGUUUGAUCAAGUAUUUGGAUUUUCUGGAUGCUAAUUUGUAUCUUAAGACGGCUGCAUAUGAUGGGUUUGCGAGGGCUUAGCCUUGUUGUGAUUGGUUAGGUUGUGUCACGUGGGGUUUAUAGUGUGUUUUGAUUGGUUAGGCUGUGUCACGUGGGGUUUAUA